AUGGCAAUAGGAGUAGAUAAUGCUCACGAGAAAGUGAGAGCGUAUAAUGACCACAUUAAGGACAUUCAAAAUUUUUUGGAGAAUUUUGAAGAGUAUGAUACAAAAGAAAAUUCAGGAGAAGAUGUGGUUAUGAUGGCUGCUGAAGAAGAAGUAGGGAAAGAAGAGUCUAUUUGGAAACAUAGAAAGUACAUGAAAUCCCUACAGAGUAUAUCUAAUAAAGAAAGUAGUGUUCUUUAUGUGGAAAUUGAUGAUAUAUUGAGUUUUGGGAAGUACGAAAAUAAGGUAACUGAAUAUAAUAAUUUGGUUCAUUCAAUAUUAUCAAACACUAAAAGAUAUGUACAGCUUAUUUAUAUAGCAGCAGAUAACUGUUUACCAGUACCUACUCGUACAAAUAUAAUAGACUUUAAGCUGGAAGAGAUAAAUAAUACCAAAAGAUCUGAAGCAAUGAAGACAUGUAAUGUCCCAGCUUAUCUGAGAUCUAGCUUUGAAGUUUACAUUAAAGCAAGUAAAAGGAUGCCAAUUACACCUCUAAGAGAAGUCAGAGCAGAGUAUGUUGGCGGUUAUGUUCAGGUGAACUGUAUAGUUACCCGUGUCUCUAAUGUGAAGCCAAGAAUACAAGUAGUUAAUUAUACAUGUGAAGUAUGUGGCUCUUCAAUUUGGCAAUCUGUAGAAGGCACCAAUUAUAUGCCUUUAUCUGAUUGCGAAUCAAGUCAAUGUAAGAAUAACAAGAGGACAGGAAAUCUAAAAUGUAAUAUCAAAGAGAGUAAGUUUACUAAAUUCCAGGAGAUUCGUAUCCAGGAACCGGCAGAUCAAGUACCAACGGGGAAUGUACCAAGAACGAUGAAAGUUAUUGCAAUGGGGGAGAACACAAGAAAGUUACUACCUGGUAUGUACGUCACUAUUUCUGGUGUAUUUCUUCCAGUAGUUAAGGAGGGGUUUCAGGCUUUCAGGUCGGGUCUGACAGCAGAUACAUAUUUUGAGGUACAUUACGUUCACAGCUUUGUUACCACCAAGAAAGUUUCUUUGACGGAAUACGAAAAGAAGUUGGUAAAGCAAAUGGAGGAUGAUGAGAAAGAAAGGGAAAAGAAGAGUAAAGAGGAUGCUCUUAAUGGAUCUAGUGGUGGAAUAGGAGGGGGAGCUUAUGAGGUUCUUCAUUCCCAAUUUUAUGACAAACUGGCCAAUAGUAUUGCCCCUGAAAUAUUUGGGAUGUUAGAUGUAAAGAAGGGUCUUCUUCUACAGCUAAUAGGAGGAGUUACAAAUAAAGUCAAUGAUGGGAUGAAAAUUAGAGGAAAUAUUCACAUCUUAUUGAUGGGAGAUCCCGGAGUUGCAAAGAGCCAACUCUUGACCCAAAUCACAAAAAUUGCUCCAAGAUCAAUUUAUGCCACAGGAAAAGGAAGUAGUGGAGUAGGUUUGACAGCCUCCGUAGUUAGGGAUCAGAAUACCUCAGAGGUAACUUUGGAGGGGGGAGCUUUGGUUCUCGCAGAUAACGGGAUCUGCUGCAUUGAUGAAUUUGACAAAAUGGAUGAAUCUGAUAGAACAGCUAUCCAUGAAGUUAUGGAACAGCAGACGGUAUCUAUUGCAAAAGCUGGGAUUACUACAACAUUGAAUGCAAGAUCAUCUGUUUUGGCAGCAGCAAACCCUAUUUCAGGAAGAUAUGACCCUAGGAAAUCUCCAGUUGCCAAUAUGAAUCUCCCAGACUCUUUGCUUUCUCGUUUCGACCUUCAAUUUUUGCUUCUUGAUAUUCCAGAUAAGGAAAAGGAUCUAAGGCUUGCUCGUCACGUUCUUUAUGUACAUAAAAAUGAAAAGGCUCCGAGUGAUGACUUUGAGUUUAAUAGAUCCAUGUCUUCUCAGCAGAGACAGGGAAUGGGAAUGGACCAGACUAGCCAUUCAAGAAGUUCAACGAAGAAAGCUAGAAGACGAAGAAAUAAUGAUGAGAUACAAGAUAAUGAAAAUGAGAAUAACAUUAACCAAGAACAGAGGGUAUUUUCCACAGUAUUUAUGAGAUAUUUUAUAGAGAAGGCUCAGAGUUAUACCCCCUUGGUUCCAAAAGAGCUAGUUUCAGAGAUUGUUGAGCAUUAUGUUGAGCUGAGAAGAAGAGAAAAGAUUGAAGUGACAAGAGAAGAUUGGAGAAAGACUUAUACAACUCCAAGAACUUUGUUAGGAAUACUGAGACUAUCACAGGCAUUAGCUAGGCUCAGAUUCAGUAAUAUAGUAGAAAGAGCUGACUUUGAAGAGGCAACCAGACUAAUGAUUGAAAGCAAGAAAAGUGUUACAAAGCCAGGAAAUACUGGUGGCUUCUCAAAUCCUGGAGCAAAGAACAAAAGACAUGAUUUUAGAGAUCAAAUUAUUGAGAUUAUCAAGGAUAUACAUCGUAAACAAGCUGAGAAAAUUGCAAGGGAAGAUGAAGAAUCAAUGAUAGAUGAGAUGAUUGAAAUAUCAAUUUCCGACAUUGAAACGAGAAUUUCACAUAGGGGAUUACUUAAGCAACAACUGGAGCUAGUUAUUGAUGAGUACAUUGAGCUGGGAGUACUAUCAAAAAGCAAAGAUGGACAGUUCAUCUCAUUUAUCACGGAUUUUUCGUAA